CACCGUUUUACUUCCGUGUUUUGGAAGUGGAAAUAGCACAAGUGCCCUCUGUCUAUGUAUGUGCAGAGUGCUAUCGCUAAUACAUCAUUAUUAUUAUUAUUAUUAAAGAAUAUAAAGCCUAUAAAGAAUAAUACUCAGGGAAGCACAGAAUGAUGCAGAAUGCAGUGUAAUAGCUGCAGUGUUCUCCCCAGGGGCUUUUUCUUUAAACCUCCCAGGAAUUUAAAAUGAAACAAAUAAUUGCAGUUAGUCCGACAUUUGCAUUGCCUGAUCACUGUUAGUGACAAACACACAAUACUGCUUGCAUGGAUGAGUUCCUUACUUGUAACUUUCAGUUUGAGAUCAUCCCUGAGAAAGCCCCCUUCCCCCCGCCCUUUGUAUUAAAUGUGGAGGGGUGGAACAGAUAUCUAAGUAGCAGUGAUGUCUCCUGUGCUGUUCUCCUCUUGACAAGCAGUCUUUGGCUGGCAGCAAGCAGCAGAUGUGAUCACUCUGUGAACUGACGCACAACAAAGUGAGCAGCGCUGAUUGUGUCUGAGCAAGGAUAUCUCAGCUCAAAGAGUCUUUUCCAAAUUUAGUGACUUGUCUAAUCAUACUGGUACCCAAAUACAUGCAUUCAUAAAGCAGCUGUAAAAGGUCACAAUGGGAACAGAGCUUUUGCUGAAUGACUUGGAUACAAAAUUCUGUGCUGACAAUCUACUGACCAGCGAAGAUUGGGAAACAGGACUUUAUAGUUACCUAGAUGAAGCAGAUGAGAAUGUGGAGCUGUUUAACCACUAUCCUCUUCAGCUGUUUGACAGUCACAUGGAUGUUGAUUCUUGUUCCAUGUCAUCUUCCUGGGAUGAGAUCCGCAGCAAGAAUUUAUCAGAUCUCCUAGUAAAAACUGAACCAGCAUCACCAUUCUCCUCUUCAUCUUCAUGUGACUCUUCCUCCUCCUGUGAUGCCCUGUAUUCACAAACUCUUGGGGAUAUUGAGACUGCUGUAAAGGUUGAGCUUCCUCCAUCACCUCCCUGUCAAAGCCACGAUUCUUCUCUUUCCCAGUGCAGUGCUUUGCAAAUAACACUUCUUCCAGUGCACUCUGGCACAGGUCAGUCUGGAUGUCUUUCUAAGUCUAACACCUUUCUGUCCAAGAAGCCACAUUUAAAGCCCAGACCUGCUCCUGGGACUAAACCUCCUCCUCCUUCAAACAACAAUACCCCACACACCAUUAUAUUACACCCUGUGACAAGCACUCCUCCUGCAGCUUCACCACCAGUGCUCGUCUCCCAGCUCCUUCCAGUACAGAAUGGGGGAACCGGAACCCCACCAAAUAAACCAGAGGCCAAGACCAUUGUGCCAGCCCCCUGUGCCAGUAAAAACAACCCUGCUCAAGUGGAUCCCAAACUUUUAAAGCGACAGCAGCGAAUGAUCAAGAACAGGGAAUCGGCAUGUCAGUCUCGUCGAAAGAAGAAAGAGUAUGUGCAGGGGCUGGAAGGAAGACUGCAAGAAACAGAGAGGCAGCUGGAGAAUGCCCGCCGUGAGAACAGGCAACUGAGGGAGACCGUGCAGCAUCUAAUGAAAGAGAAUGCAUCCCUCCGUGUCUCCUCUGGCAGAAAGGUUGUCUGUGUCAUGGUUGUCCUUGUAUUUGUUGUUUUCAACUUUGGACCUACAAGUUUGUCUAGUAGUAUCCUGGAGGAACCAGGGAGGAGUCCUGAGAUUUCCCAUCAUACCCGUCAUUUACUAACUUACCAGAGUGAAGAGGGUGCAUCUAAGUCUUCAGGACCUAAGUACUAUACUUCACAUUCACCUGCCUCUGUAGGAAAGUUCAGUAACGGUUCCCUGGCAAAUGUAAAACACCUUCUGGUCAGAGAUCUCAAUCAGCUUUUUCUUACAUCAGAUUGCAGGCAUUUUAACCACACAGAAUCUCUCAGGUUAGCUGAUGAACUCCGACUAUGGGUUCGCCGCCAUCAAAAUGAAAGGAAGAGUGGAAAGCAACAAGCCAAAAAGCCGAGAAGAGCAAAGAAGCCUCUAAUAAGAAAAGCUAUUUCUCUCUCAGACCUAGUACCUGCUCAGCCCUCCAGAGUCACACAUAGGUUACAUGGUGCUCCUUUUCAGCUCUACAACCCCUCAGAGCCAAGCGACAAUUUUCUCAUGGAUGCCAUUGAAAGACGAGAGGAUACUUUCUAUGUUGUGUCCUUCCGCAGGGAUCACCUUCUCCUUCCUGCUAUAAGUCACAACAAAACAUCCCGUCCUAAAAUGUCCCUUGUAAUGCCAGCCAUGUCAGUGAAUGACAGUGUAUAUAACACAACACGUGGAUAUGAAACAAUGAUGCAGAUAGAUUGUGAAGUAAUGGACACUCGAGUUAUCCAAAUCAAAUCGUCCACUGUGCCACCUUCCCUACGCACAUCACCUUCUCCUCCUGCCCAAAAGCAGACACCCCAUGGGAACCUCUCACUUUAUCUUCAGGAUCAUACUCCGUCAGAUGAUGGUCAGGACUGACAAAAAGGGAAUUAUGUAUAUUUACAUACAGGAAUUAACAGCACAGAUGUUUCAACCAAAGUCUAAUGAUAAGGCCAGAGUGGCUAUCUAUUGUAUUGUCUUAAAUGACCAAUAAGCUUCCUUUGCUGUUUUCCUUUGGGCAGGCUUGAUAGGCAGACUGUAGAGCUUGUGAUAUCACUUCAAAUAUUUUACCAUUACACUGAAGGGUGGCAAGAGAAUCUUGUAUUUGUGCUUCACCUGCCUGGUCCUCUUACAGUUCUAGCCUAAGGCAGUCAAGACAAAUGGUGUCUCAGUGUUUCUCAGAUACAAACGAGUGAUUUGGAAAAGAAAGUCCUUGCAGCAUCUAUAAGCAGACUUAGCUGGCCCUUGCUUGUAUGACUGCCUCCAUAGAGUAGAAUGUUAACAAUAUUUAUGUGGCUUAAAGUCUUACCUUAGAUUAAAGUUUGUUGGGGAUGGUUGGAUGGUCUGUACUUUAGAGAAAGAGAAGUGGUGAUAGGUUUAAAAUCUGUAAAUAUUUAUCUAUAAAUACAAAAUGAUAGAGAACAUUAUUACAUGUGUGUGUAUAUAUAUAUACACACACACACACACACACACACACACACACACACACGUGCACAUGCACACACACACACACACACACACGUGCACACAGUGUAUAGCCUAUUUUGCUAUAUUCAUUUUUUCCUCUCCAGUGUGUUGCUUUCUCAAAAACCUGGGUAAAUAGCACUUGCGAUAAUUCACUACAAUUUUGAUUGUGCUUCUAGACGUGCAUGUGCAGGUAUUUUAAUCGUAACCUCUUCAACCACAUAUUCUCAUGGCUUAGCAGGUGCUGGAUGUCAAUAGGAAGCCAAGGAAACGAUGGACAGAAGUUACCACUUGUCUAGAAAUAGUUAGAUCUAAUUUAAAAAAUUAAUUUUUUUUUUUUUUAAUUGUCCUGUAUAUAAGAACGGGUAAGCUAUCAAAUUGUAAUGAAAAUGUAUUUUUGUUUGCAUAUAAUUUUGUUAUAAGUGGAUCAGGACCAAUUUUUUUUUUUUUUUUAUUAAACACAUUAUAUGCAUAAUGGUAAAAAGUUGAAAAGGGAAUAAACAAAUAAUAGUUACUAUAAAGAAGCUAAAUGAAGUAUCUCAUGCACUUGUACAUAUGUUUUAGCCCUUAGUGGGAAUAAUUUAAAACUAAAGGCACUCGGUUUUUUUUUUUUUUUUUGUGGAGGUUAUGUAUUUAGUUUAUCUGUAUAUAUAUAUAUGAACAUACACAAUGCAGGCACAUCUGCUUUAGUAUUUUAUUAGGUACAUUAAGGCGGGCAUUGCUUCUUUUUUUAAUUUAAAUAAAGGGAGAAAAUAAUCUUGAAUGGCAGGACUUGCAUUCGACCCACCGGGUGCCUUAUCUUUUAGGAAGGAAAGGCUGCUCUUGGGUGGUGUACGGGUCAGGCAGAAAUUGUGUCUUUACAUGUAUGUAGUGUAUGUAUAUACACACAGAUAUGGCACUUCGUAAAUAUUUUUAGGGCUGUUUCAUGUCUUUAAUAGAUAUGAAAGGUAGAAAGCUGUGUAUGCUAAAGACUUCAGUGGGAGAAGGGUGUAGUUUCUGUGAUGUUUAUUGUGUCAUUGUGUUUAUAGAAGAGUUAAUUUCUGCCUUCCUUUGUAUUUUUUCUAAUAAACACCAAAACAAA